AGUGAGCCAGGAGCGUGAACGCAUUCACUGGGAUUACAGAGAGCCGCGUUCAGGUCUCCACUGACUGAUAGUAAACUCAGAUUGACGAUCGGCCCAUGAAACUGACGAGAACCAACUUGCUGAGUGAGUUUACAGAAAGUUGAUCGAGUUUUAAACUUUGGAAGGAUGACUUUUUGGGCUUGGUGUCUUGCGCUCCUGCCACCUCUGCUGAUAUCAGCGCAGUAUCAGGGAGACAAUGGAAUGAUGAUCCCGGAGCACGGAUUUUGUCAGCCGAUUUCAAUCCCCCUGUGCACGGACAUCGCCUACAACCAAACCAUCAUGCCCAACUUAGUGGGCCAUCACAACCAGGAGGACGCAGGACUCGAGGUGCACCAGUUUUACCCUCUUGUGAAGGUACAGUGCUCGCCAGAGUUGAAAUUCUUCCUGUGCUCCAUGUAUGCGCCCGUGUGCACGGUGCUGGAGAAGGCCAUCCCCCCCUGCAGGUCGAUCUGCGAGAGGGCCAAGCAGGGCUGCGAGGCUCUCAUGAACAAGUUUGGCUUCCAGUGGCCCGAGAGACUGCGCUGCGAGAAUUUCCCCGUGCAUGGAGACGGACAGAUCUGCGUGGGCCAGAACGACUCCUCCACCGCCACCGUCCCCCCCCUGAUGCCCGUGCCAGGGACCCAGGAUGUAUCCGUGGUCAGGCCAUUCCGGUGCCCCUCGGUGCUCAAAGUCCCCCCAUAUUUAAACUAUAAUUUUUUGGACGAGAAGGACUGUGCAGCUCCCUGUGAGCCAGCAAGGAAUGGUGGAAGCAUGUUUUUCAGUAGGAAAGAGAUUCAGUUCUCCCGCAUCUGGAUUCUGGUCUGGUCUGUGCUCUGCUGUGCAUCCACAUUAUUUACAGUAACCACUUACUUAGUUGAUAUGCAACGCUUCAGAUACCCAGAGCGGCCCAUUAUCUUCUUGUCUGGCUGCUACACUAUGGUUUCCAUAGCGUACAUAGCCGGGUACUUCCUGGGGGACAGGGUGGUGUGUAAUGACGGCUUCAGCCUCGAUGGAUAUAAGACCAUUGUCCAAGGCACCAAAAAGGAAGGUUGCACCAUCCUCUUCAUGAUGCUCUAUUUCUUCAGCAUGGCCAGCUCCAUCUGGUGGGUCAUCUUAUCCCUCACUUGGUUCCUGGCGGCAGGCAUGAAGUGGGGCCACGAGGCCAUCGAGGCCAACUCUCAGUAUUUCCACUUGGCCGCCUGGGCAGUUCCAGCUGUGAAGACCAUCAGCGUCCUGGCCAUCGGUCAGAUCGAAGGCGACGUGCUCAGCGGCGUCUGCUUCGUGAGUCUCAGCAACCUGGACCCUCUGCGGGGCUUUGUGUUGGCCCCUCUCUUCAUCUACCUUUUCAUUGGCACCUCGUUCCUGCUGGCCGGCUUCGUGUCGCUGUUCAGAAUCCGCACCAUCAUGAAACACGACGGCACCAAGACGGAAAAGCUUGAGCAACUGAUGGUGCGGAUUGGGGUGUUUAGCGUCCUAUACACGGUCCCCGCCACGAUUGUCAUCGCCUGCUUCUUCUACGAGCAGGCCUUCCGCCCCCACUGGGAGCGCAGCUGGGUCACCCACAACUGCAGGAGCUUGGCCAUCCCGUGUCCCAUGCAGGCCGGACCCCACAUGACCCCGGACUUCACCGUCUACAUGAUCAAAUAUCUGAUGACACUGAUCGUAGGAAUCACAUCCGGGUUCUGGAUCUGGUCUGGGAAGACUCUGCACUCCUGGCACAAGUUCUACACGAGGCUGACAAACGGCAAACACGGAGAGACCACAGUGUAGAACCAAGUGACACUGAAACGUGCUGGAAUUCGUGGUUUUAAUUAUCGGACCCUCAUGUGAAACAUUAGUAACACAUCAGUAGAGAUUACUUUUUACAAUAUUCCUAUUUACUUCAAUGUUAUAGUCAGAGACGAAUGCAAACUGAGGGGGAGGACAUUAAGACAAGCUGGAUUUACAUGGACUAAAUGUGACUUAAAAAAGAAAAAAUAACAGCGCUGAAAUUCUCUUGUCGAUCUCUUCUGGAUUUUUUCUGUGAACAUCCAUGAACUCCAGAACAUCGUGGAUCCAGCAGCUCAGAACAUGGAGCAACUUAUUCUGUAUAAAUGUUUCAUGUACAUUUUAAUGAAACUGUAAAUAGUAUCUGUAAAAACAACAAAAUAUAUAUUUGUAUUUAAAAACGGUCAGUAUAUUUCUUUAUUUGCCAGUGGACCUAGUCUACGGAGGCAAUACCUGGUGAUUUUUUUUAAUAACAGCAAAUACACUUCAGUCCUUUUGGAUGACACUCAGUGUGUGUGCGUAUAUAUAUAUAUAUAUAUAUAUAUAUAUAUAUAUAUAUAUAUAUAUAUAUAUAUAUAUAAAUA